AUGACUUACAGUCUGGCUGCUCGGUGCACCUGCAUCGAUGGACAGGACAUCAUCGUGAUCUCGAAUCAUCUCGGUUGCUCAGGCUCUGAUGCAGGUGACUGCAUGCCGACGGCAGGUGGUCCGCUUUCCCCACUACAAAAGCACAACGUCCAAAUAGAUGAGACAUUUCUAACCCUUCUGGGGGCUUUUGGUGCAGCACUGACUCACACUUCUAAGUCCUUCUAUGGUGCUCUCACCAAGAGUUGCGGUCGAGCCCUCACCUUGGCGUUCCACUCCACAUCUCCAGGAUCACACAGAAAAUUACCGGGAUUUUAACCAACACAACUGGCACAACUGGAGACUCACUUAGGCGUGCCGCCACACCCGGCUCGGAUCCCGCGAAGUGGCAAUGCCAUAAAAGCCACAUUAAGAAGGAGCCAUUGCAGUCUGCCUCUCAGGCCAGCACCUGGCCACUCCUCACAAACACACAGCACUGGGCCGACUGCGAGGUCCAAGUUAUCCCAUCAGUUAGCAACCUUUCAAGCCACGGCUUUUAGAGCACCGUAGGAGCUUCAAGCGCGUCAGAUUAUUUGUAGUGAGGAAAAUGCGCUGAGUCGUCGACCUCACCCUCCCUUCUCAUUCCCACACCUCAGCCCCUGUCCGAGCCGGUCAGCUGACUGCAGCGGGGAAUGGGCGCGGUGGCAGACAUAUCUAACGAUCUUGUCUGCGCGCGCCACAUACACGACCUGGCCCGCUAAACACAAACACCAGAAUUUUACACAACGAGGAUUGCACGAUGUACAUUUUACAUGCACGACAACGCCGUAGGUCAGAGUUGGGAGGAGCUUUUUCAGCCUGGAUCUCAUCCCACCAGUCCGCAACUCCACAUAAACACACACAUGCACACACAACUGAACAGACUGCGCGGACUGGUUUGGGGAGUCACUUAGCAGCCUUCCACCUGCGCCCUCUCCCGCCUCCGGUCUUCUUGACUCUGUCAUGACCGCAGGACAAGGUGAGGAGGAGAGAAUGAGUUAGAUGUCGUGCAAGCCCACAUUCACUGUAAAUUAAACCACGAACAAGUCACCGUCCCUGCCACCAACUUGCUGUUGAGCCUACGGUUGACAUCGUCGGCAACGAUAAUCGAAGUGCCACCGAGAGGCUCAGCUUGGUUUUCUGCCAAUCACAGCCAUCCAAACUGGCCAAUCAGAUCCAAGGCUGAAAGAGAAAACAGACCCUCGGGCACUACAUUCGGACCUUUGCACCGAUGACAUCGGACGUGCGCUUUACUCGUCCGGCUGCCAACUUGCCCCAGCACGUUUAUUCAUUCUGUACUGAGUACAAUACUAUGUCCCCGGCGUCUAACUUCUCAUGUUCUUAAUAGGGACCUGACUCGACUAUCGUAUUGAUAAGAUUCGGCGAGCAGCUUUAAUUACCAAGAAAAAACCUUCAUCAGAUAAAGCAGGUCCAUACUUCCGAGUCAGUACUCUGUGAGUCAGAGACUGGGGGUAAGUUGAACGAUGCCGGCUCUCCAGCCGAACUGAUAAGUUCUUUUUGUGCACUACGAAUUUGCUUUGGUCCGAGAGCAGAUUUUAUCGAUCAUAUUGCCUAAUGACCUUGAGCAUAUCUGCAGAGCAGUUAGACGUGGAAGAAUGACAGUUAAGCGCUUUUGUCGACUAACUUAAUCCUCCUUAACUUCGAUCGAGGCGUUCUUAAGUCUCUAAGAAAAAUGGCUUACGGUAUACAGUCUCCCACUGCGUACAACGAACUCCAUUCAAAAAACCUCCUAGUUGUGAUACUGAUUAUUGCACAGGGGCUUUCUUUUGGCGGUUUUUGUGACCUAAACUCCUUUUGAAAUUGAUUUUCCGGUUUCUCUCACUCCUCACUCAUGAGUAUUUUCGACAUUGGCACACAAUCCUGUUUACUUGACUGUGUGGAAUUGAAUUUCGACUUUUGCGCCUACUUGCGUUACUUUAAUGACGCCAUCUACGAAGUGCGUCCUUGAAGCAAAUUAAGCUCCCUGUCAAUUGCUCGAAUCGACAAUAAUGAAAUUUGUGUAUUGUGCAUGUGUUAGGUCAUAGCGUUUAAUCCAAUCAAUAAUGAUGAAAAAACUAUUUCCAGAUCGCAUGUCAAAAAGAAAAGGAAGCCCUCACUGAGGGGAGUUUAUUCUCGUUUUAGCGUUUUUGAGCAGGGAUCUAGGAGAAUAGACAAUUAUGUGCACUUUUUUCAGCAAAUGGUGUAUUUUUGUCUGUCUCUAAUUUCCAUACAUGGGCAAACAAAAUCACUCCUCGAAUUUUCAGAAUCAAAGCAAGCCCCUCCUACCGAACAUCUGGUUUUAAGUUGCUAAAAAUAUUGUCUAUCUCCUAAUACAAUGCGCUGGUCCCCAUCCCGUUGGUGAAAGGGAUAGGAAAAUCAUUUUCAGGCCGUGAAAAAACGGCCAGUUCUCAAAAUUUUUAAUCUUAUCAUUGAUUGUGAUCGACUUAAGGGGAUGCUGCUGCUGCUGCUGCUGAUGAUGAUGACGAUGAUGAUGAUGAUGAUGGUGGUGGUGGUGGUGGUGGUGGUGGUGGUGGUGAUGAUGGUGGUGGUGGUGGUGGUGGUGGUCGUGAUGAUGAUGAUGAUGAUGAUGAUGAUGAUGAUGAUGAUGAUGAUGAUGAUGAUGAUGAUGAUGAUGAUGAUGAUGAUGAUGAUGAUGAUGAUGAUGAUGAUGAUGAUGAUGAUGAUGAUGAUGAUGAUGAUGAUGAUGAUGGGAAACUAGUUUUGAAAAAGUACUUCUACAACUUUCAUAAUUACUUCCUGCAGUUCAUCUAA